ACGGUAACUGUGGGGGCGGGGCCAACCAGCGAAGGCUCGUGCUUGGAUUUGAACCGAACUAACUAUAAACUGUAUUUCCAUGGUGCUAACUAACUAUAGACUGUAUUUCUAUGGUGCUAACUAACUAUAGACUGUAUUUCCAUGGUGCUAACUGACUAUAGACUGUAUUUCUAUGGUGCUAACUAACUAUAGACUGUAUUUCUAUGGUGCUAACUAGUUAACUAACUAGUAGUAAAGUCACUAAAAGAGAACUAGCAGCUCAGUGUUAGCACCGCUGGUUAAUAUCAGUUAUUAUCAGUUAUAUUAGCCGCUGUUUGCCGUCUGAACUCGAAGGAUCUGCUAGCGGAGACCACUGCGAUGAAAGCGGGCGUCGUCCACUGCCGUUGUUCUAAAUGCUACUCAGUUCCGGCUCGGAAACGGGUCCGUAAGAGGACUCCGGGUCUCAGCCUGCUGUCCCUGCCCGAGGAGAUCGUCCUGUACGUACUGCAGUGUCUGUCUGCAGAGGACCUGCUGUCUGUCCGAGCAGUCCACUCCCAGCUGAGGGACAUCGUUGACCACCACUCCAGUGUCUGGGCCCGGGUCAGCUUCAGGGACACCUGGCCGUCCCCCGACGCCCUGUGGCUGUUUGAAAGAGCUGCUGAAAAAGGGAACUUUGAAGCUGCUGUCAAACUUGGGAUUGCUUAUUUGUACAACGAAGGACCGUUGUUGAGCGAUGAGGGUCGAGCCGAUGUCUGUGGACAGAAGGCCUCCCACUUCUUCAGCCUGGCGGAGAGCCUGCGCUCCCCGACGGCCGACCCCUUCAUCUGGGUGUUCAUCCGUCCUCCCUGGUCGCCCACCGGCAGCUGCUGCAAGGCCGUGGUGUUCGACCGCCUCAAGGCCGAGUGUGACGACAACGUGGACAAGAGGGGACCGCUGCUACACUGCCUGGCCAGAGUCCUGCAGCUGUUUGAAGAGGGUGAGAGGCGUUCAGUCGCCGUGUCGCUGCUGGAGGAGUCGUCUCAGGCCGGAUGUCUGCAGAGCUCUUACCUGCUGUGGGAACAUCGCCGUAAAGCUGCCAUGGCAGAUCCAGGACGUUACCUCCAGUGUGUCCGGACCCUCAGGGACUACGCUGGGAAAGGAUGCUGGGAGGCUCAGCUGUCUCUGGCCAAAGUGUGUAUCAGUGGGAAUCCUCUGGGUCUGGAGGCCAAGGCCUGCUCUGACCUGGUGUCUCAGCUCUUCACCUCCUCCAGUCCAGCUUCUCCUCACGCUGCUCAGAACAUCCUCCGACGGGGCAUCAAGGACAGCAUGAGGUACAUCCUGGUGGACUGGCUGGUGGAGGUGACCACCAUGAAGGACUUCUCCAGCCUGACGCUCCAUGUGACGAUUGGUUGUGUUGAUCGCUACCUGGCUCUGCGUUCAGUUCCUAAAGCUCGUCUCCAGCUGCUGGGGAUCGCCUGCAUGGUGGUCUGUACUCGGUACAUCAGUAAAGAAAUCCUGACGAUACGUGAAGCCGUGUGGCUCACAGACAACACCUACAAAUAUGAAGACCUUGUCCGGAUGAUGGGGGAGGUGGUCUCUGUGCUGGGGGGGAGGAUCCGGAACCCAUCUCUGCUCGACUAUGGGGAGGUCCUCCUGGCUCUGGUUCCUCUGGAUAGGAGAUCGUCUCACCUGUUCAGCUACAUCUGUGAGCUGUCGCUGCUCUACUCGGCUCUGGCUUCUCCUCCUCCUGCCAGGCUGGCCUGUGCUGCUCUGCUGCUGACCCGAGCUCUGCAUCACCACGCUCUUCUCUGGCCCACCCUGCUAGCAGACCACACUGGAUUCUCCAAGGAGGACCUGGUUCCUCUCUGUGUUCUUCUCUAUGCCAACUGUUUCAGUCCAGAUGUUCCCAAAGAUUACCGACACGUGUGUCUGACCGGCGUCAAGCAGCGCUUCGAAGACGAGAACUUCCAGCAGAUCAGCAGAGAGAAGGUGAUGGACUUUAAGGAGCUCUGCCAGAUCCUGGAGGUCCCAGAGGUGGAGCCUCAGGUGGAGCCUCCUAGCCCCACGGGGCAGCCAGCAGACCUCCACACCUUCCUGGCUUCUCCAUCCAGCACCAGCAAACGGAGACGAGACGACUCCAUGCAGGCUCACAGGGGCAGCUUUGUGGCCACGCCCACCGCAGAGCUGUCCAAUCAGGAGGAGACGCUGCUGGGGGAGAUCCUGGACUGGAGUCUGGACACUUCCUGUUCUGGCUACGAGGGUGACCACGAGGAGAGCGAGGAGGAGAAGGAUGGAGAUGCCUCCAUGACGUCCAUCCACCUGCAGCCGCUGACCUCAGCAGACCAGAAGCUGGAGAACUGCAGAUCUCAGUCCAGCGAUGAAGACAGUUUCUGUGAAGCAGACGGGGAGGUGAAGGAUGGCCGAGGCCAGGAGAACCUCACCUUCUCCACAGACCUCCACAGUUCAGGAUACUCCUCCGUCCAGAGCGUCAGUCCUUCCUCCUCCUCCUCCCUCAUGCCCUGUACCUUCCAGACCCUGAGCUCCUCUCCUGGUUCCUCCACCCAGCCCGGCUUCCGGCUCCUGGUGCCCCUGCAGAGGCCCCGAGGCUCCAGGCAGGUGAAGAGGAAGAACGUGGCGGCGCACAGCGGAGGAGAGGUGGAGGAGGAACAUUCAGCCAACGCAGGCUUCCUGAGUCUGUAGAACCUCCAGAACUUUGUUCCUCACUCCACUGGUGGUCUGUCAGAAGAACCUCCAGAGAUGAACGGAUCUCUGAGUGAAUUAGCUGGAAGCUCUCUUUCCUUUUACAUUUCUUUUAGCUGUUUCCGUUCCUACAGCUGGACCUCCACUGGACUCUCCUCACCAUAGUUUUCCAUUUCAGUUGCUUCUGCAACAACCUAGCUCAGAUCCACCAACCUCGUAGAAGAAAAGAACCCCCAUGGACAUGUCUGAGCAGAACCUGUUGUCUCCUCAGGUCGUAAGUUUAAAAUCAGCUGUGAGGUGUCGGUUCUCUUCUGGUAUUUCAGGAAUAGAUGACGGUGAUCAUCUAGCAGAUCUAGAAUCAGGAUGUUUGAAUUGUUGUUCUGUUUGGCUCCUUUGGUGUUUUCAGGAACAUCUGCCUAAAACCAGCUGAGAACUGUUUCCUCUGAACAGCAGUCUGUGAUCUUCAGACCUUCAGAUCAUCAGUCCAGCAGCAGAUCACUGAGAAGUUUAACUGGAGGAACCACCAGCUGAUCUCCAAACCUCAGAUCAUCACAGAAGAAGCUCAGCAGAAUGUCUGAUCUGUUGGAGGUUUGGAGGUUCUACGUUCUGCAUGGAUGUUUCUGAGCUUCAACAAUCAGAACUUCAGGAUUUAAAUUCAGACACUAAAGGAAAACAUGGACUUGAUGCUGGACUGUAAAUAGAUUUAAAGUGUUCUGGUUCCUCCUGUGUUCUUCUCUACAUAGAGCUCUAUGUAUUCAUGGAUGAAGACUGUUUCUCUGUGAUGUGAAUCUUUUCUACUGAGCUCCAAUAAAACAGACAUCAUGCUUUGUUC